AUGGCUCGACUUCUGCCUGGCGAGACCGACGUCCUCAAAAACAUUGUUGAUCCAGCUCAGACACUCUGGGUUUGGAUCACUUCACUUCUUACAAGAAUGUCGGCAGAUGGUGAGAUUCCACCUAUGCCCACUCCCACCUACGGCCGAAUCAUCAGCAUGGCUGAGCAAGCCUAUGUUGGAAUUCGUGCAGUUCGAGCAUCCAUCCGCGUCCAGCCUCCUUAUGUUCAUGUGCAAAUGAUGGCAGCUUUGGUGCUUGUGAACAAUAUUGUAAAUGCGAUCAGUAUUGGCCUGACUUCCGGCGUCACCCUAAGCUUGGUCUUGGCACGGGCUGAAGUGGGCUUUUUCAAAAGCAAGGUGCAAUCAGAGGAUCUUUCUCAUGGACUUCAGGACUUGGCCGUGGGCAUGAUCUUGUGCAGUGUUGGGCCAUUCCUGUACCAGGCGCUCCUGGAGGUAGCAGUGUGCAUCGCACAGCCCUUCGCCAUUGCGGGGAAAGGUGUUGCCCCCGGGCGCAUCCCCACGGAGAAGUUGCUGCAGCACCUGGAGAAGGAUCUCAAAGACAUCGAGUCAGCGGCCAAAGUGAGCCCUGCGGAGCUUACAAAGAUCCUCAGUGAGCGCAUCGCCAACUUCAAGGACCAGGCGGACGUCCAAGAAGUGGGUCGAGUGCUCUCCGUGGGCGAUGGUAUUGCACGUAUCUACGGCCUCAAGGGGGUCAAGGCCGGAGAAAUGGUUGAGUUCUCCAGUGGUUUGAAGGGCAUGGCUUUGAACUUGGAGACUGACAACGUCGGUGUGGUGGUCUUCGGAGAUGACCGAGCCAUCGUGGAAGGUGACAGUGUGAAAUGCACCGGAACGAUUGUCGACGUGCCCAUCGGUGAGGAAUUGCUGGGCCGAGUGGUGGACGCCUUGGGUACCCCGAUCGACGGUGCUGGGCCGAUCAACACCAAAGAGCGACGCCGUGUGGAGCUGAAGGCUCCAGGCAUCAUUCCGCGACAGAGCGUGCACGAGCCCAUGACCACCGGGUUGAAGGCUGUAGACAGCUUGAUCCCCAUUGGCCGUGGCCAGCGAGAGCUCAUCAUUGGCGAUCGGCAGACUGGAAAGACAGCUAUUGCCAUUGAUACCAUUCUGAACCAGAAGGCGAUCAACGCAUCUGCAGACAAGACAGCCCACUUGUACUGCAUCUACGUGGCUGUAGGCCAGAAGCGAUCCACGGUGGCUCAGCUCUUCGAGAUUCUUCGAAAGAAUGAUUGUCUGAAGUACACCACUGUCGUGGCUGCAACCGCAUCAGAUGCAGCUCCUUUGCAGUUUUUGGCACCCUACACUGGCUGUGCCAUGGCAGAGUAUUUCCGAGACAAUGGCAAGCAUGCAGUGAUUUUCUAUGAUGAUUUGUCAAAGCAGGCUGUGGCUUACCGCCAAAUGUCCUUGCUGCUGCGGCGGCCACCCGGACGUGAGGCCUACCCAGGUGACGUCUUCUAUUUGCACUCUCGUCUUCUCGAGCGAGCAGCAAAGAUGAACGAGGUCACCCACGGCGGUGGCUCGCUCACUGCUUUGCCCGUGAUUGAGACACAAGCCGGGGAUGUGAGUGCCUACAUUCCCACCAAUGUCAUCUCCAUCACAGAUGGGCAGAUCUUCUUGGAGACAGAGCUUUUCUAUAAGGGAAUCCGCCCUGCGGUGAAUGUCGGCCUCUCCGUGAGCCGUGUCGGCAGUGCGGCCCAGAUUAAGGCCAUGAAGCAGGUGGCUGGCACCUUGAAGUUGGAGUUGGCGCAGUACCGUGAGGUCGCUGCCUUUGCUCAGUUCGGCUCUGACCUGGACGCUGCAACACAGCAUCAGCUGCUGCGAGGUGGCAUCCUCACUGAGUUGCUGAAACAGAAACAGUUCGUGCCAAUGACAACGUCAGAGAUCAUUGUGUCCCUUUGGGCGGGCACCCGUGGCUACCUGGACAAGGUGGCGACCAAGGAAAUCCUGCGAUUUGAAGCACUUUGGCUGAAACACUUCAAGGACACUCGUGGCGACAUCCUCAAGGAGAUCAUGGAGAAGAAGCAAAUCACCCCAGAAAUUGAGGGCGGUAUCAAAUCCGCCAUGGAUGAGUUUUUGGGCAUGAACGAGUUCGAAAGCCGUGCAUCAUAA